CCGCGGCGCUCUCGGCACAGAGCUCACCUCCCCACUUUCGGUUUUAUGUGCGGUGCCAUCAUCCCCGACUUUCCACUCUGCGGUUUCAUGUCAGGCUUUUUCUGCUCGAGUUGGCUGAAAGUUGUUAAAAACACCCCAUGUUUGGUGGCAGCUAUCGAGAGAGAUAAGUGUACCUGGGGUUUUGUCAGCUGCUGAGCUCUGCAUUUUCGGUGGGUUUUGCUUCCAUUAUUCCUAUGCUGGGCAAAAUCUCUGCUGAUUCUGCCCCAUUGCUCUGAUAUUGGUGGUCCUGGCCAGCACAGGGGUUUUGCAUUUUGAGCCUCUCUGCCUACAGACAGUGAUGACAGCUUCAGCAGGGGUGGGAUUUUGCCCCGUGCCCAAGUCUUGCAUGCAAAACGCAUUGGGGACACCUGCCUUGUCUUUGCUUUGGGGGGCUUUUCACCUGUCCAGAUGUGGCACAGCGUCAGCAGAACCGGGGAAACGGGAGUUGGGAUGGGGUGGUGCUGCUCACGCGGGAGCAAAGGUUCCCCUCUCCAGGCAACAGGAUGUGACUUUGCACCCACGAGGGAGGGAAGAACGGUGUGGGGCACCGUGAGCUGCACACGUAUCAGCGCCCAGAAGCUGCAAGCUUGGCCUUGGCCACCGCCACUUCCCCAGCUCCAGGCAGGACCAUGAGGACAUGGCAGAAGAUUUUUGCACAGAAGGUUGCGGACAUGCACGUGAAGGAGCCGUGGACGCUUCAGGAGGAUGACAGCCUGCAGGUGCACAGCCCUAAGCAUGGCCGGAGGGAGUAUUUGCAGAACCAUGCAGCUGGGAGGUUCCAGUGCUCCCAGUGCUUACACGAGUGGUCCUCAGCCAAGGUGCACAUCCUCUUCCACAUGCGCCGGGGCAAGGUGAGGAUGCGAAUCUUCCGGCAGGCCUGCCGGCGCUGCCUCAGCCCCCAGCUGGAGGAGCCCAGUUUCAGCCAGGAGAACCUGGAGAGGAUCCUGCACAACCUGGUGCUUCAGAUCCUCAAGGACUUCUACAAGGUGCCCGUGCAGCCCUCUGACCUCCUGGAAGUGGUGGUGGACUCGGUGCUGGUGGGGCCGCACGACAGCAGCCGCUGCGAGGGCUGCCGGCUUGGGGUUUGCUCCAAGCCACGAGUGGCCCCGAAGCCACCAGCCUGGAAGCCCAGGAGGCACGUGGACACGGCCACGAGCCCUCCACGCCAGCUCCUCAGCAGCGGCUUUCCCCGGAAAUGUUGCUUUGUGCUCCUCUUUGUAUGUGUUGUGGCAGUGGUCCUCUUCAUCCUCUUGUAUUUCACCUUGAAGUAGUGGGAGCCGGGGCUGGCAAACGGGAGCCAGGGUGAUGGCUGUGGGGGUGGGGACGAUGAAGGUGGUGGAUGGAAAUUUGGGUGCCCAGGGCCAUCCCUUUUCCUCAUCUUGGUGAAGUUUCCCCAGCACACAGGGGUCUGGGACGGCCACCACCACCAUGCUUGGGGACCUCAGUCCCAGCUCAGGGGAGCC